AUGGAGUUUCUCAACCUCUUCCAAUUUAUCUUGCUUUUCUCAGCCCUGGUCUUUGGCCUUCGCUUAUUUCGCCGGAGAAAACUCCCCCCAGGACCCAUUGGCCUCCCUCUGGUCGGAAACCUCUUUGAAAUUGGUACAAAGCCACACCAAUCACUAGCAAAUUUGGCCAAGAAGUACGGUCCUCUCAUGACAGUUCGUCUCGGCAGCAAAACCCUGGUCGUAGCUUCGUCCCCGGAAAUGGCUCAGCAAGUCUUGCAAAAGCACGACGAGGCCUUCUCGGGUCGGGUCAUAUCUGACACCAUCACCAAAGUCCAAAACUACGACCUGAACCUGGUCUGGAUGCCCGCCGGAGAUCAGUCACGCUUAAUCCGGCGAGCUCUCAGCACUUUUUUGCUGCACCCAAAGAAGCUGGACACUCUAGUCGGGCUUCGCCACAAGGCGAUGCAAGAGAUGGUUCAACAUGUAACAAAGAUGAGCGAGACCGGAGAAGCUGUGGAUAUUGGAAAGUUAGCCUUUAUUACGGCACUGAACCAAAUGGCUAACACGUGCUUUUCCAUGAACGUGGCCGAUUACAACUCCGGCGAAGCUCAGGGGUUCUUGAAUGCCGGAUUGAAGCGGAGAGCGAAAGUUGCUUACAACUGGCUUAAUUCUGUUUCUAACGAGUUUGUCACGAAGAGGCUGCAACACAGGAAGCUUAAGAUAGCCAGACACGGGGAUAUGCUAGAUUCUCUUCUUGAUUGCGUUCAGGAAGAGCCUGAGCUCAACUAUGAAUGUGUCAAGGUUCUUCUAGUGGAGUUGCUACUUGGAGGCACAGAAACAAGUUCAAUUACCACUGAAUGGGUGAUGACAGAACUAAUACUCAAUCCAAAUAUAAUGGCAACGGUGCACGAGGAAAUUAAGAAAAAGGUGGGAGAUAAAGGAAGAAUAGAAGAAUCAGACGUACUCGAAUUGCCCUACUUACAGGCUGUAAUAAAAGAAACAAUGAGGUUGCACCUCACCGUGCCGCUUCUCGUCCCUCACAAAACAGAGACAGAGGUGGAGCUGAAAGGUUAUGUAAUACCGAAGAACACUCAAACAAUAGUAAAUGCUUGGGCCAUUGCUCGCGACUCUAAAUAUUGGGAAGAGCCAACUGUUUUUAAGCCAGAUAGGUUCUUAAACUCUAAAUUGGACUUCAAGGGGCAGCAUUUUUCCUUCCUUCCUUUUGGUUCUGGCCGGCGAAUGUGCCGGGAAUUCCCCUUGCUCAUAGGGUUGUGA